ACGUAGAUUCAAUCAAUUCAGCACUCACGCACGCAUUUCUCCCUCCACCUACCUUCGUCCGUUCCUUCUUUUCUUCGUCGUUUGAACCCAUUUUCAAUCCCCAUCAACGAAACCCAGUUGAAUUCUGAUUCAAAUGGCACAAAAAGAACCCAUAAUAAUCAGAGACAAAACCCAAAUGAGAAACUGGUCAAGAACAAUGAGAUCCCAAUCCAAACUCAUUGCACUUGUUCCCACAAUGGGUUACCUUCAUCAAGGUCACCUUUCUCUCAUAACUCAAGCUCACAAACACGCCAAUCUCAUUGUUGUUUCAAUCUACGUUAACCCUGGUCAGUUUUCACCUAAUGAAGAUCUUUCCACUUACCCUUCUGAUUUUCAAGGUGAUUUGAAAAAGCUUAUCAAUGUUCCUGGUGGUGUUGAUGUUGUUUUUAAUCCUAAGAAUUUGUAUGAUUAUGGUGGAAGUGAUGGUGAUGGUGAUGAUGGUGGUGAAAAGGGUGAUGGGGUUGUUUCUUGUGUUGAAAAGAGUGGUUUUGGACAUGAGAGUUGGGUUAGAGUUGAGAGGCUUGAAAAGGGUCUUUGUGGAAUGAGUAGACCUAUUUUCUUUAGAGGGGUUGCUACUAUUGUUACUAAGUUGUUUAAUAUUGUUGAGCCUGAUUUUGCUGUAUUUGGGAAAAAGGAUUAUCAGCAGUGGAGAGUUAUUCAGAGAAUGGUUCGAGAUCUUGAUUUUUCUAUAAAAGUGAUAGGUUGUGAAAUAACAAGGGAAAAUGAUGGCCUGGCGAUGAGUUCACGCAAUGUACAUCUUUCACUUGAAGAGAGGGAAAAGGCGCUAUCUAUAAGCAAAUCAUUAACAACAGCCAAGUCAGCGGCAGAAGAUGGUCAGGUGGAUUGUGAGAAAUUGAGGAAUUUAGUCAUCCAAUGUAUUACUGAAGCUGGGGGAAGAAUUGAUUAUGCUGAGAUUGUUGAUCAACAGAGCUUAGAGAAAGUGAAAUUUAUCAAAGGUCCUGUUGUGUUCUGCAUUGCUGCAUUUUUUGGGAAAGUCAGGCUUAUAGACAACAUGGAAAUCAACUUGUAAAACGGCUGCAAUAAUUUAAUCUAACCUUGUGUCAUCUCAGUUAUUGGUUAGCAUUUCAUGGGGUUAGCAGUCAAUGGAGUAUAGGAUAUAGAGAUAUUUUUCGACAAUCAUUUUACCGGCCCAUGAUAUUUUGUGCGAGCUGCUACCUAUGUCACUGUUAGGAAUCAGUGAACUGGUCUUUUUCCUUUACUGGACAAAAAAUACUUGCAUAUAUUAUUUAUAGGUUUAACUAUAUGCUGAAUAACAGCUCAAUGAUAGCGGAGAAGAGGAUUGAAGCUUGGUGACUGCAAAAUGUGGAAUGGAAUAAUUUGGACGGGUAUUUGUAUGGCUUUGUUCUAGCAAGAUAAGCCACUGUUCAUUCAAGAUUAUUUUUAUUGGUAUGGUUUUGUUCUAGCAAAACUAUGACAACUGCAGAGCAUAGCACAAGGUACAAAGCAUAUGUUGGGGAUAGCUAGGGAGUAGGUUGUGUGAACAUCUGCAAGCUAACCUUGUGGAUUAGUUUUUUCAACCUUUUGAUGAAUUGUUUAAGCUCUUCAGGGUUUUCUUGCUCUUCUUAACCAUGAUUUCUAGUUCUUUCAUUUAUACAAUAAUUUGGAUUUUGAAUUUUCUUCAC